AUGGCCCCCUUCACGUCCCUUCGCCGCUCUGCCUCGACACCUACCGCUCCGCCUGCUAAACGCAGUCGUCUGCCACCCAUCCUCGUAGAGCCCCGCUCACCUAGACCUGGAACCCACAUCACCUGGGCAGCCUCACCCAUUCGCGAACCCAAGCGCCUCCGACGCGCGAACGCGGUUGGGGGGUUGUCGCCACCGCAAACCAGAGGGAACUACGGGCAUGUGUCGUCUCGUCCUCAAAAUAGUCAUCACGCGCGACCAUCGCCCACUCGACUCGAUUUCGAAACCCAAGACCUGGGUCUCCCAACGGUCGUCGUCCCCCCACUAUCUACAGCCACACCCCGCCCCACGAUUCGAUUCAACUUGCCUCCGGUUCUGGAUAGGCCAAGCAGCAUCGACUCGGAGCUCUCUUUGCUUUCGCCCCCCGUUCCCCGCUCCCCUGGUCCCGCAUAUGUGACCGUGACCCCUAAAGCCCUCAAGCCCGCCCAUAACUCGGACUUCGCCCAGAUCCGCACUUUCGGCGGGACGCAGGCAUUCGUCGUCCCACGCUCGCCGCCACGUCCAGCGCGCCGCGCGCCACCUCCGCCACCUCCGUACGACCAAGGUGCGACGGGGAGCCCAACCCGCGCUACCGUCGCGCCGCCUCCGUUGUCCUCGCGCCGACGCAAGCCAUCACGGCGUGUGCCUGUACCGGCUUCCGCCCCCUCGCGCCCGCCCUUCCAUGGCUUGUCGCCCGAUCCGCCAUCGAUGCCUGCGCCCGCUAGGCUGGCCAUACUGUGCGACUUGGAGGAGGGCAACUCUGGCUGCACCUAUGCCGUGCAGGAUCUCCGGACCGGCCGCGUGCUGUGUGCGCGCGUGUCGAAGAGGAAGGUGGCGGACGAGCACGAGGCGCGCCUGCUGCAGGGAAAGCAGCUGAAUGAAGACGAGGCGCGCUCACUCGGAAAGAAACGGCGGGAGGCGGACGCGGCGCGCAUGGCUGGCCUGCGCGAAGAGCUCAAGGUAUACAAGAUGAUCGCGGGCGCACGGGCACGCGACCGCGCGCACCUCAUGGAGGUCCACGCGGUCAUGGAGAGCGCAGACUCUGUGCUGUUCGUCAUGGCGCUCGGCCUCGACGCCCUGCACGGGAUGGGGAUCAUCCACAGGGACGUCAAGCCCGAGAACAUCCUCGUCGACCACCUCGGCCCUGACAGCCGCGCGCGCGUCGCGGACUUCAACACCGCGCUGCUCGCGAGCCCCGGGCGGCCGCUCGUCGAGGGGGAGACGUACUCGGACGUCAAGGCGGGCAGCACGGCGUGCAUGGCGGCCGAGGUCGACAAGAAGGCGGCGUACGGCACGGCGGUGGACUGGUGGGGGCUUGGAUGCGUCGCGUUCGAGCUGCUCGCGGGCGUGCCACUGUUCGUCGCGCACACGGCGCGGACGGACUACGCGCGCUGGAACGAGAGGGAGGAGGGGGAGUCGUACGUGCGGUCGCGGGCGCGGGCGCUCUCCGCCGCGGAGGAGAACAUGAUCAGCGGGCUCAUCGUGCUCGAGCCCCGCGCGCGGUUCAGCAUGCGCCAUCUGCGCCACCACGAAUUCUUCAUCGACGAGAACCGCGAGAACACGUUCGACGCGCUCGCGCGCGAAGACCCUGAGGACCUCGUUACCGCCGGCCUCCCUCCGCCCCUCGCCGCGACGUACGCCCGCCGCCCGCUCGAGUCGCCCGCCGAUGCGCCCGUGCUCGAGGCGACCCCCGCGGGCGAGCUCGGCUGGGCGAACGCGCGCGGGAUCUGGGGGACGCAGGCCCCCCGGUCUGGCUGA